AUGGCAUUUGUCUUGAAUCGAACGUUGGGUCCGAUUGUGUCUCGUCGUCUAUUACAACGAGCAAUAACGACAGCAACAACUGAACAACAACAUCGUUUUCGUUCUCGUUUACCAUUUAAUACUGUUGUUCUAUUUGUACCACAACAGGAAGCAUGGGUUGUGGAGAGAAUGGGAAAAUUUUAUAAGACUUUAAAUCCCGGUUUGAAUUUACUUUUACCAGUGAUUGAUAGAAUCAGCUAUGUGCAAAGUUUGAAAGAAAUUGCCAUUGAAGUUCCAAGUCAAACAGCUAUUUCAAAAGACAAUGUUACAUUGAACAUCGAUGGUGUUUUGUAUCUGAAAGUAUUUGAUCCCUAUUUGGCUAGCUAUGGUGUUGAAGAUGCUGAAUUUGCUGUCACUCAGCUAGCGCAAACAACGAUGCGUUCUGAAAUCGGCAAAAUCUCGUUGGAUACAGUAUUUCGAGAGAGAGAAUCGCUAAAUACUGGUAUUGUUGAUGCAAUAAAUAAAGCUGCCAAAGCUUGGGGAAUCAACUGUCUUCGAUAUGAAAUUCGUGAUAUUCGCCUUCCUCCUAAAGUCCAAGAAGCUAUGCAAAUGCAAGUCGAAGCUGAACGACGUAAACGAGCGACCAUUCUUGAGAGUGAGGGUAUUCGGGAAAGUCAAAUUAACAAAGCUGAAGGUACAAAACAAGCAACUAUCCUGGCUAGUGAAGGUUUUCGACUUGAACAAAUCAACAAUGCUACUGGUGAAGCCGACGCCAUACGUGCAAAAGCACAAGCUCGUGCAGAGGCACUUAAAAUUAUCUCAGAUCAACUUCACGCUGAAGAAGGUCGUAAUGCUGCUUCACUACAAAUAGCUGAACAAUAUGUUCAUGCUUUCGGUAACCUGGCUCGAACGAAUAAUACCAUACUUUUACCUUCUAAUACCGGUGACAUGUCAUCGAUGGUUGCCUCCGCAUUAUCAAUCUAUAAUAACCUUCAGAGCAAAGAUCGACAAGGCUUUCUAACUCAAUCAGCACCGUCGAUACCGUCUUCGCCGUCAACUCCUCAACCUGCCGAUACUAAGCUAACCGGUGAUGCCAUGUCCGCAAAAGAAAUGUUUGUUGUGGCAACAUUGGAUGACACAGUCUCGAUUGCACCUCAUCUAUUCAAUGAACAAUUGAGUACGAUUGUCGCCGAAGAACUCGAUCGCAAACUAGCGAACACAAUCUUUCAGGAAUUAGGCUUGUGUAUUUGUUUGUACGAUAUUUUAUCCAUGGGCGAUUGCAUUCUCUUGCCAUCGGAUGCUAAUUUUCAUAUCAAAGUCAAAUUUCGUUAUGUCGUCUUCCGUCCAAAUAUCGACGAAAUACUUGUUGGUAAAAUUCGCUCAUCGAGUAAAGAUGGUAUUACAGUGACGUUAGGCUUUUUUGACGAUAUACUCAUUCCAUCGACUAAACUUCAACAUCCAUCACGGUUUAUCGAAGCAGAACAAACGUGGGCAUGGCAAUAUGAAACCGGCGAUGAAACACAUGAUCUUGUAAUGGAAAUUGGAGAAGAAAUCCGUUUUCGUGUUGUACAGGAAAUUUUCGAAGAUACGGCACCGAAAGAAUCUCCAAACUCGGGUGCGUCCAUAACUCAAACUGCUAAUGACGACGAUAAAAAAAUACCUUAUACAAUCAUUGGCUCAAUAUCUGAACCAGGUCUGGGACUGAAAUCAUGGUGGACUGAAACAUCUUGA